UUAAUGAAUCCAAAGAGGAUUUACCUCUCUCAGUACAAAAAAAAUCUACUAGGGUGUAACUAAAUUCUUUUUCAUAUUCUCCGUAAAGGAAAAAAAGAACACGCUCCUAAAAAGUUGCCACUUUCCUAGUAUGUACUCGUCCCAACUCUCCUUCCAAACCCAGAAAUAAAAACACACACACAUAAACGCAACCCAACACAACAGCAUCAAAACAAACAAACAACACAGUUUUUCUUGUCUCUAUAUUCUUCCGGCCACCGCAGAUGGCGGCGGAGCACGACAGCUGCUGCUCGCGCUGUGUCACCUUCCUAAUAACCAUAGGCCUCACUGCGCUCUUCCUAUGGCUGAGUCUCCGCGUUGACGAACCAAAAUGCUACCUCGACUACAUUUACGUUCCUGCCCUCAACAAAACCCUAAAUUCCAAUUCCACUCACAACAAAAACACCACAAUACUCUUCGCUCUCAAGCUCACCAACGGGAACAAGGACAAAGGCAUCCAAUACGACGACGUUCUCCUCUCCUUCAGAGUCUUCGAGAGCGUCAACCUCACGCGCCCCCUCGGCAACGCCACCGUGCAAAGGUUCUACCAGGGCCACCAGAAGAAGGCCACCAAGCACGGAAACUUCAGCGGCGGCGGCGGAAACCUCACCGCGGCGGUGGCUGGGAGAAUGUGGUACCGUGUGGACUAUGCUACUGCGGUGAAGUACAAGAUUCUCUUCUGGUACACGAAACGGCACCGUUUAUGGGGAGGGGCAAAUGUGGAAAUUGGCGAUUCGGGAAUGAAGGUGUAUCGUAAAGCCGUUAGGCUUGGAGGGAAGAACCCCGUGGUGAUCGAGUCCGGCGCAUCUAAGCUCAGUGGACGCUAUCGUGCGCUUCUUCUUUCCCUUCUUCUCCCUUUUUGUGGCUUGUGGGUUUAGUUGACUUGACUUUUUCACUUCACCCACUUUUGUGUGUAUUGUUAUUAUUUUAUUUUUGUAAUUUGUAUUGUGACUUUUCUUUUUGUCUAGUUCCAAUUCAAAGAUUAGAGAUGAUUAUAUUCGAUUACACGAGUUUGAAUCUAA